CUCCCCGGGCGAGCGGGCGGCGGCGGCGACCCGGGCGGUUCCCACUCGCGCUGCGCCCGCCGGCGGCCCCCGCGCGGCCCAUGUCCUCCGCGCCGCUGCGCUCGCCCCCCCCGCGGCCCCCCAGGAUGAAGAAGGACGAGUCGUUCCUGGGCAAGCUCGGCGGCACGCUGGCGAGGAAGAAAAAGGCCAGGGAGGUGAGUGACCUACAGGAAGAAGGCAGACAUGCCAUCGACUCGCCGAUGUCCCCUGCCUCGGUGGACGUCCACCCGGAAGACACUGUGCUAGAGGAGAAUGAGGAACGCACAAUGAUCGACCCCACGUCCAAGGAUGACCCCAAAUUCAAGGAGCUGGUCAAGGUUCUCAUCGACUGGGUCAACGACGUGCUGGUGGAGGAGAGGAUCAUCGUGAAGCAGCUAGAGGAGGACCUUUACGACGGCCAGGUGCUGCAGAAGCUCUUGGAAAAGCUGGCCGGCUGCAAGCUGAACGUGGCGGAGGUGACACAGUCCGAGGUAGGGCAGAGGCAGAAGCUGCAGACGGUGCUGGAAGCUGUGCACGGCCUCCUGCGGCCCCACGGCUGGGUGCUCCAGUGGACCGUCGACUCCAUUCACGGGAAGAACCUGGUGGCCACCCUUCACCUCCUCGUGGCCCUGGCCAUGCACUUCCGGGCCCCGAUCCGCCUUCCGGAGCACGUGUCCGUGCAGGUGGUGGUGGUGCGGAAGCGGGAAGGCAUGCUGCAUUCCAGCCACAUCACGGAAGAGCUGACCACAACCACCGAGAUGAUGAUGGGUCGCUUUGAGCGGGACGCCUUCGACACCCUGUUCGACCACGCCCCGGACAAGCUCAGCGUGGUGAAGAAGUCUCUCAUCACAUUUGUGAACAAGCACUUGAACAAGCUGAAUUUGGAGGUGACGGAACUAGAGACCCAGUUCGCAGAUGGGGUCUACCUGGUGCUGCUCAUGGGCCUCCUGGAGGACUACUUUGUCCCCCUGUACAACUUCCACCUGACCCCAGACAGCUUCGACCAGAAGGGUCACUGCCACUUCUCAUCGUGUGGCCCUCAGCGGAGCCGGCCCUUGGGGACGCCCGAGCCCUUGAGGGCGGGUUUUGUGCCUUCCCCCCCCUGCACCUCUGAGCUGCCUCUGAUCACUGGUCCACAACGUGGCAUUUGCCUUUGAGCUGAUGCUGGACGGAGGCCUCAAGACCCCCAAGGCUCGCCCUGAAGAUGUGGUAAACCUGGAUCUCAAGUCCACACUGAGGGUCCUUUACAACCUGUUCACCAAGUAUAAGAACCUAGAGUGACCUCGGAGAGCAGCGGAAACCCCUGUGCAGGGCGGGGAGGCCCGCUGGCUUCCCCUCCGAGCCAGGGUUAUCCCCGCCCCCACCCCCACUCCACCCGGCCUUUUCGGGUCGUUGCUCUCAAA